AUGUCCCUCGGUAAACUCACUCACUACGGUUUCGACUUGGUCCUUAUAUCGAUCAUCCUCGCUGGAAUCCACCGCAACACAGGUCUCGUUUUCGACACUUCUCACUUCAGCUCUGUGGACUUCCGUAACUGGUUCGGCAAGUACUUGGCCUUCGGCGAGAUCUGCUACGAUAGAACGGUUUCUCUUUUGAGAGUCAGCGGCUACUUCAGACAGAGAAACUUGGUUAUGGACAACAUCCUCGACAAGGGCAAGAGCUACUUGAGGCAGCAGACCGGCCGUGAUCUUGACGACUUCACCAAGAUCUAA